CCGCCGCCAUCUUGUGAGCGCGGGGGACCGGUGUCCUCCCGCCUGUCAGGAGCCGCCACCAUUGCCGCCAUCGCCAUCAUGCCGGCGGGCCCCGUGCAGGCGGUGCCCCCGCCGCCGCCCGUGCCCACCGAGCCCAAGCAGCCCACGGAAGAAGAAGCCGCCAAGGAGGAAUCCACGCCUUCCAAGCCCGUGGUGGGAAUCAUUUAUCCUCCUCCCGAGGUCAGGAACAUCGUCGAUAAGACCGCCAGCUUCGUAGCCAGAAACGGCCCGGAGUUCGAGGCGCGGAUCCGUCAGAACGAGAUCAACAACCCCAAGUUCAAUUUCCUGAACCCCAAUGACCCCUACCAUGCCUACUACCGGCACAAGGUGGGCGAGUUCAAGGAGGGCAAGGCCCAGGAGCCCUCCGCCGCCAUCCCCAAGGUCAUGCAGCAGCAGCAGCAGCAGCAGGCGCAGACGCAGGCCGCUCAGCAGCAGCUCCCGCAGAAGGUCCAGGCCCAGGUCACCCAGGAGGCCGUGGUCCCCAAAGAGCCCCCCACCGAGUUCGAGUUCAUCGCCGACCCGCCCUCCAUCUCGGCCUUCGACCUGGACGUGGUCAAGCUGACCGCGCAGUUCGUGGCCCGCAACGGGCGUCAGUUCCUGACCCAGCUGAUGCAGAAGGAGCAGCGCAACUACCAGUUCGACUUCCUCCGCCCCCAGCACAGCCUCUUCAACUACUUCACCAAGCUGGUGGAGCAGUACACCAAGAUCCUCAUCCCCCCCAAGGGCCUCUUUGUCAAGCUGAAGAGGGAGGCCGAGAACCCCCGGGAGGUCCUGGAUCAGGUGUGCUACCGCGUGGAGUGGGCCAAGUUCCAGGAACGUGAGCGGAAGAAGGAGGAAGAGGAGAAGGAGAAGGAGCGGGUGGCCUACGCCCAGAUCGACUGGCACGAUUUUGUGGUGGUAGAGACGGUGGACUUCCAGCCCAGCGAGCAAGGAAACUUCCCCCCGCCCACCACCCCCGAGGAGCUGGGAGCCCGCAUUCUCAUCCAGGAGCGCUAUGAGAAGUUCGGGGAGAGCGAGGAGGUGGAGAUGGAGGUGGAGUCGGACGACGAGGACGAGAAGCCGGAGAAGGCGGAAGAGGCGCCGUCCCAGCUGGAUCAGGACACCCAAGUGCAGGACAUGGAUGAGGGCUCGGACGACGAAGACGAGGGGCAGAAGAUCCCCCCUCCCCCCGAGGCCCCCAUGCCUCCUCCCCUGCCCCCGACGCCGGAUCAGGUCAUCGUCCGGAAAGACUACGACCCCAAAGCGUCCAAGCCCCUGCCCCCCGCCCCGGCCCCGGACGAGUACCUGGUGUCCCCCAUCACCGGGGAGAAGAUCCCCGCCAGCAAGAUGCAGGAGCACAUGCGCAUCGGGCUCCUGGAUCCCCGCUGGCUGGAGCAGCGUGACCGCUCCAUCCGCGAGAAGCAGAGCGACGACGAGGUCUACGCCCCAGGGCUGGAUAUCGAAAGCAGCCUGAAGCAGCUGGCUGAGCGCCGUACCGACAUCUUCGGCGUGGAGGAGACCGCCAUCGGCAAGAAGAUCGGCGAGGAGGAGAUCCAGAAGCCGGAGGAAAAGGUGACCUGGGACGGCCACUCGGGCAGCAUGGCCCGCACCCAGCAGGCCGCCCAGGCCAACAUCACGCUCCAGGAGCAGAUCGAGGCCAUCCACAAAGCCAAGGGGCUGGUGCCCGAGGACGACAGCAAGGAGAAGAUCGGGCCCAGCAAGCCCAACGAGAUCCCCCAGCCGCCCCCUCCUUCGUCCGCCCCCAACAUCCCCACCUCGGCGCCCCCCAUCACCUCCGUGCCCCGACCCCCCGCGAUGCCCCCCCCGGUCCGCGCCACGGUGGUGUCUGCGGUGCCCGUCAUGCCCCGGCCCCCGAUGGCGUCGGUGGUCCGCCUGCCCCCGGGCUCGGUCAUCGCCCCCAUGCCGCCCAUCAUCCACGCCCCCCGCAUCAACGUGGUGCCCAUGCCGCCCUCCGCCCCGCCCAUCAUGGCGCCCCGCCCGCCCCCUAUGAUCGUCCCCACAGCGUUCGUCCCCGCCCCGCCUGUGGCCCCGGUCCCGGCACCGGCCCCCAUGGCUCCCGUCCACCCUCCGCCUCCCCUCGAGGACGAGCCGGCGUCCAAGAAGCUCAAGACGGAGGACAGCCUGAUGCCAGAGGAGGAGUUUCUCCGCAGGAACAAGGGCCCCGUCACCAUCAAAGUCCAGGUCCCUAACAUGCAGGACAAGACCGAAUGGAAGCUGAACGGCCAGGCGCUGGUCUUCACCCUCCCGCUCCCGGACCAGGUCUCCGUCAUCAAGGUGAAGAUCCACGAGGCCACGGGCAUGCCGGCCGGGAAGCAGAAGCUGCAGUACGAGGGCAUCUUCAUCAAGGAUUCCAACUCCCUGGCGUACUACAACAUGGCCAACGGUGCCGUGAUCCACCUGGCCCUCAAGGAGAGAGGAGGCCGGAAGAAAUAGAGCCGGGCGGGACCGGCAAGCGCCCCGCAGACGGGACCCCCGGGGCGGGCGGGAAGGGUCGGGAGCUCUGUGCUGCGGCCCAUCCCUCCCAUCGCGCGGCGGGGUCGCCGGCCCUGUGGCCGCUACUCUCCAUUUAGGGGUGACCGGACCCCCCGUGGUUUCCGAAGCCGGGCCGGCGCGCCCAACGUGGCCUCCCACCCCCCAGCCGGGAAGGGGGCCCAUCCGGGGUCGGCUUCCACAGCGGCGGAAGCUGUUUCGCUUAGGUUCCUCCCUCCCUGAACUGAGCCAUCCCCUCCCCAAAUCCUCCUCCGCCUCUUCGUUCCGGUUAAAAUCCCACCCCCGCCUCUCCCGCGUGCCGUCCUGGAUUGAAAAUAAAGUUGAGCCAAUAGGAG